UCCACGCUUACGGCCUCCUUCGCGGCACGGCUCUUCUAUAAGUACCCCAAAUCCCACGCCAUUUCCCACCCUUCCUCCGUCCUCUCUCCCCCACUCCCUCCACCCAAGCGCACACGCGCGCCGCGAGCGCAACGCAGACCCGGCGAGAUGGUGGUGCCUCGGAAGACGAAGGAGGCGGAGAUCACGGAGCAGGACUCGCUUGUCCUCGGUGCUGGAAACAAGAUGCAUCCUGUCCACCCUGCGGACAAGUGCAAGGGCCCCAUCCAGCCAGUCGGCAAGGGCGCCAGUGACGAGAAGCACCCUGUCCGCACCAUUGACAAGGGCAAGGGCCCUGCCUGGCCUGUCAACAUUGGCGCCAAUGGAAAUCAAGCUGAGCAUGUCUUGCCGGAUUUGCAAAUGCACCCUUUUGGGGGGAACAUGGACAAAGUUUGCAUUGUACCUGGUAGACUUUACCAGAAGCUCCAGCCCCACCAGCAAGAGGGGUUGCACUGGCUUUGGAGAAUCUAUUGCCAGCAUUCUGGAGGUAUUGUUGCGGAUGAUAUGGGGAUGGGAAAAACACUGCAGACUGUAGCAUUCCUAUCCGGUCUUCUGCAUUCCGAUAUAAUUCGCAGGGCUAUGAUUAUUGUUCCAGUAAGUGUCCUUGCCUCAUGGUCAGAGGAGCUUACAAAUGCAGGGCUAGCCAAACAUUUUCACAUCUAUCAUGGUUCUGGUGAAAGAGGCCUGCAAAUUGUGAACGAGAGAGGAGGUAUUUUGGUAACAACUUAUGAAACUUAUGGAAGCAAGUUUAAGGAGCUGACAGCAGUGGAUUGGGACUACACAAUUCUCGAUGAAGCUCACAGAAUAAAGAACCUCAUGUCCAAUGUAAGAAAACAAGUGGAUAACAUUGAAUGCAGGAAAAAACUUCUUUUGACAGGGACUCCAUUGCCAAGAAACCUCUUAGACAUAUUCUCUCUUAUGAAAUUCAUAAAACCUGAUGUCCUGGGUGACCAACACACUUUUCACAAGAAGUAUAUGAGGCCUGCUGAGCUGGGACAGUAUUUGAACUCUACAGAAAGAAAUAAGAAACGAUUUAUAAAAGCUCUUGCAAGUGGCAGAAAAGAAAUUUCUCCCUAUAUUCUCAGAAGAACAAAAUCAGUCCUAAUAGAAAGUGGGGAGCUACCCUGUAAGAAUACUGAGCUUAUUGUUUGGUUAAGAUUGACAGAGCUUCAGGUAUUCUCUAUGUUUAGUGGUACUGCAGUUUUAUCUACGUAGUUAUGCACUGUGCAUGCUUACUGCA